AUUUUAAGGAACAUAAAUUGCAAAUGUUUUUACUUUUUAAUUGGGGUACUAGCUCAUUACAAUAAACGAAAACUGGAGCAAAAUUAACUCAGCAGUAGCACCACAUUCAAUAAACAAUAUUUAUGUUGAGUAACAUCCUCGAAAGAACUUUUUUUUCAUUGAAUUUGUCACUAACACCGGAUGGGACUGUAUAACGAAAUAGAUCAAAACAAAAAUAAUUCGCAAAGAAUAUAUAAAAUCGGAUGUGAUUCCUCAUCGGUUAUUAGUUUAGUAAAAUCCAUUCAAAGUGGUUUGAUCAACCAGUGCAAGUAGUGUAACGAAUUGACAAUGAUCGGGAAAAGAGUUUCGGUUUUUGUGUUCUUUUGGUUCUUCGGUGUACAAGUGAAUUACGUCCUAACCAAUAUAGUACCACCGUCUCAAAUAGAGCCAAUGCCAGAUGUGUACUCCCAUAUAACAUAUCCUGCUGCGAAUAAUGUUGUUAACUACAAUGCCAGUCCUAAUCCUCAGUACACAUCGCCAAAUUUUAACCAUUUCAACGAGCAAAUAGGCCAACCUUCACCACAGGUGCUCGGAAAUUAUCAGAAAAGGGAAUAUCAGGAUUAUCAACAAAAACCACUUCAACAGAAAAGAUCAUCGGAUGAAAUGGUGAUGGGAGCUAACCCCACAACUGCAUCUUAUGACUACAGUAGCGAUCUCAAAAGUACCAUCGUAUCAGUGAAUGACAAUUUAGGAUUGAUGGCUGACACUCAACGUCUGUUGCUCAAUUCAUUCAAAGUACAACAACAACAAUAUAACAGCAUUGAGCAGAAGCUUAACGACGUUCCUUUUCAACGCAAUUCAGCUUACAGUGGGCAACAAAAUUAUGGACCAACAGCAACACAACAGCCACAAUACCAAUACCAAUUGAUUUCACCUCCAUCACCACCGCCACUUCCGCCAUUACCUUAUGGACAGUCGCCACAAAAAGAGCACCCAGUUCAUCACCACAAAAAGGCGGAAUCAUCUAAAAAACUAUUGGCGAAGCUAUUUAAAAAACAUAAAAAAGGAAACCGCAGAGGACUGGCAUUGCUCCAACGACGCUCGGAAUCGGAACGAUUGGAACGACAUGCUGCAAUGACUUUAACCUAUAUCAGAAAUGGUAUCGUAAACGCAUUGUGGACAGCAGCUGUUGUAGCUUGUGUUAAACUGGCACCGAUUUUGCUGUUCGGAUUUAAAUUAAUGUUCAAAUCGGUACUUCCAUUGACUGGGCUCGCAUUGUUCGGAACGAAUCGCGGACUAUUUCCAAAGGCUUUGAAGAAAGACGAUGAUGACGACGAGGAUGUACGAUUUGAUGAUGAUGAGGAAGAUGACGAGGAUGACGAUGAAGAAGAGGAAGACCGGGAUGUUACUGAAGAGAAGGAGGAAAGUGGUCAUCAUUAUCGAUAGAUGUUACGGCAUGCGGCAUCAAUAAAAUUG